AUGGCCGUAAAAUGGGUCAGAGCGUCUUGUUGUAGGUUGAGUAGACUGAGGUUUGCGUGGCCCCUAGGCUAUCAUCAUCCACACAGGGCACCAUCGAGAGUAUUGAACUGUGAGACGGGAACAUCGGCGAGGUGGAGUGGAACGAAUUCAGCAGUGGAGCAUCCCCAGCGAGGCGGUGCCGUCCGUAAUGUUUCUAUUUGUCGUCGUCCUCGAGUCACAAGUGAUAGUAUUCCCUCUGCACAUAGGCCAGCGCCGCUAGUGCGACAACUCCGCCGCACAUCUGCUGAUGUGCACGUUGCCAGUGGAUCUACCAGUAUCCUCGCUGACGAACUAGCGGGUCUGUCUAUGACAGAGCAGGAGGUAUUGCACUCACUCGCAGAGGGCGGAGGUAUCACCCAGUAUGACGGCAUUGGGUUGCUGGAGUCAUGCAGAAGCGAUGUUCAGAAAGCAUGCAAGAAACCCCCAAAGCCUCAGUACUUGACAAUUGAGGCAAGCGCAUCGGUAGCUGUAUCAGCUUGGCUCGUUUCUUUGAGUGUCCCAAAGUUUACUGCUCAGAUGCAGCUCAGACGAUAG